AUGUUUAAGCAAUUACAUAUUAACAUUCCUUUUAUUGAUGCUUUAAUGCAAAUUCCUUCUUAUUCUAAGUUUCUUAAGGAAAUUAUGUCUAAAAAGAAGAAGUUGGAAAAAUAUGAAACCAUUGCUUUGAGUGAGGAAUGUAGUGCUGUGAUUCAGAAAAAGCUUCCCCCUAAACUGAAAGACCCAGGAAGUUUUUCUAUUCCUUGCACUAUAGGUGAUAUUAAGUUUUCUAAAGCCUUGUGUGAUUUAGGUGCAAGUGUCUCUCUUAUGCCUUUAUCUAUUUGCAAGAAGUUAGGAUUGCAUAAUAUAAAAUCUACUACCGUAUCUUUGCAACUUGCCGAUAAAUCUAUCAAAUAUCCAAUAGGAAUACUAGAAAAUGUGCUAAUUAAAGUCAAUAAAUUUAUUAUUCCAGUUGAUUUUAUUAUUCUUGAUACGGAUGAAGAUGUGGAGAUACCAGAGACUGUAAUGAGGCUAUGCGAUAAUUAA